GGGGGGCGGAGGGGGCGCGUUGCAGUCGUCGCGGGUUCGAAUCCCGCCGCGGGACGCGUAGUGGCACCGACCCUUGCGUGCCUGAGGCUGGGGGGCGGUCUGAGUCUGUCUGUUAAAUGGUGGCUGUGCACGCGGCUAAAGUCGUGCCCUUCGGCCAUCUCGCGGCUUUCCGUGCGGAACUUUGCGUCCUGACACCCAAAAAGCACGCUCUCCGUUAAUAGGUUGAACCGUUGCGGUCCGAUCUCCUCACGGCAGUGCCUCAACGCCGGGCCGCCCUGGGGCUCCCUCAGCGCCGGGCGGGAACGGCCGAGCCCGGCUGUGUGUGUGUGUGUGAGAACCCAAACAGCGGUGUUGCACGGCGUACCACACUGCUCCGCAUGGGAGGCACGAUACCACCUGCUCCAGCCAGUACUUCCACAGAUGAGACAAGUAAGGGCAAAGCAGAAGAACAGCCAGAGGAACCAGUUAAAUCCCCUGAGCCAGAAAGUGAAGAGAGUGACUUAGAAAUUGACAAUGAGGGAGUGAUUGAACCUGAUAAUGAUGACCCUCAAGAAAUGGGAGAUGAAAAUGUGGAGGUAACUGAAGAGAUGAUGGAUCAAGCUAAUGAGAAGAAGAUGGAAGCUAUCAAUGCCCUAAGUGAAGGUGACCUUCAGAAGGCUGUCAAUUUGUUCACAGAUGCUAUCAAGCUGAAUCCUUGUUUGGCUAUCUUGUAUGCCAAGAGAGCAAGUGUUUUUGUGAAACUGCAGAAGCCAAAUGCUGCCAUUAGAGAUUGUGACAGAGCCAUCAAGAUUAAUCCUGACUCAGCACAGACUUAUAAAUGGAGGGGGAAAGCACAUAGACUUCUGGGUCACUGGGAGGAGGCUGCUCAUGAUCUUGCUCUAGCCUGUAAACUGGAUUAUGAUGAAGAUGCUAGCGCCAUGCUGAAGGAGGUGCAGCCAAGGGCUCAGAAGAUUGCAGAACAUCGCCGAAAGUAUGAACGGAAACGUGAAGAAAAGGAAAUCAAGGAGAGAAUGGAAAGAGUGAAGAAGGCACGAGAGGAACAUGAAAGAGCACAGAGGGAGGAAGAAGCAAGGCGACAAGCAGGAGGAGCUCAAUUUGGUGGUUUCCCAGGUGGCUUUCCAGGUGGAUUUCCUGGGGCUAUGCCUGGAGGUAUGCCGGGAAUGGCAGGUAUGCCAGGUCUGAAUGAGAUUCUCAGUGAUCCAGAAGUCCUUGCAGCCAUGCAGGAUCCAGAAGUUAUGGCUGCAUUCCAAGAUGUUGCCCAGAACCCAGCAAAUAUGUCCAAGUACCAGAACAAUCCCAAGGUCAUGAGUCUCAUCACUAAAUUGUCUGCUAAAUUUGGCAGUAAACCAUAAAAUCCCUGGUUCAUAAAAAUAAUUUUGGAGUGGGAUGGAUUGAUUUGGCUAACCAGUGUUGCAAUAAAACAAACCAUUGUACCUCUGAUCUUCUUGUGUUCUAAGGAGAACUGCUCUCUAGCCCCAAAUGUUGACUUUAUUCAGUGAUUGGUGUACAGCACUCAAAUUAUAUUCAGAUGACCUAGUUUAAGCCAUGCCUCCUUGUCCAAGAAUUGCAACAUUUUAUGGCAACUAUUAAAUGCAGUUUAACAUUCCUGUAAGAAAUACUACAGGAGUGUAAGACAAAGGCCUCUCUUUUUUUUGUUUUCAUUUUUUUGGGGGUUUUCUAUCAUUUCUUUUUUUUUUUCCAUUAAUUUUCCUCAGUGAACAAAAAGCAAGGAACUUAGAUGAAGUCUGUCUUAAUCUAGUUAGGACAGAAAAAUUGGCCUACUCGCAAGUGGCAAAGGUGGGAUAAAUCUGAAGAAUUAACUGGAUAAAGGAAUCGCCUGCAAAUGCAAGUCCAUAUUGGUUUGGUUUUGUUUUGUUUUUUAAUGAGUGACUGACUUUAUAUGGAUAUUAAAAUGCUCAGAAUAACCAUGAUAGUUAGUUACACACUGGAACUUCUGGCAGUACUGCAAAUGUUAGAUUUUUUUGAUCACCACAAUUGUGUAGCAAAGGUGCUGUCCUAUCCUUUGCACAACCUGGCAUGAAGUACGUAUUGUGGAGGCCACAGAAGUUUUGUUACUUAUUCAGAUAUUGUCCAGCAUGUUUAUGUAAUGUUGAGUUUUUUGUUUUUUUUUUAAUCAGUCUGGGUAUGGGAGAGCAGCUUACUGUCUGUGCUUGUGCUCUUGUCCUUGCCCAGUCGGCAGGUCCUCAUCUGGUAGCACUCGCCCUUCCUUGGGGCAUGCUUGCCAGGUUUCAUCUAUUUGGAAACUUUAGGGAAGGAAUCUGUUCCCAUUGCUACCUCUGUCUCAUUGAAUGCAAGCCAUCCAGAACAUGUAAAUACAGAGUUAUAAAUCCGUGGUGGGGAGAAUUCCCAACAAAGUUGCAGCUCGGGGUUCUGAAUUGGUUUGAGUCCUUACGUGCUUACAGAUGAAAUUUAUUGGCCGAAGUCCUAUGUCUGUGCAGAGAUGAUGACUUUUCCUUCAGUGCAUACUGUAGUCUUCCGUCUUUUCUUUUAAAGAAAAAGAGAGAGGUGGGGAGAAAGGAGAGGAAGGAAGGUAUUGUGAUUUCAUACUUCUGUGUUUUUGAGGCUUGGGGUACAGAGGAAAAGAUGAGGUAACUAAAGCAGACAGAACGUUCUUCUAAUGCUUAUGAAUUCUGAGCAUGUGUAUUCUUGAAGCUGUUUCUGUGCUGUUAAUGAUGUUCAAUUGUCCACUGUAAGGACCAGUGUUGCCUCUGUUUGUCUUAGCUAAAACAUCUUUCUGUGGAAAAACAGCUGUAAUUAUCGGUUCACUGCUUGAGUCUCAACAUUCAUUUGUUACUCUUUUGUAAUUCUGUAUCUUAAGCCAUAACUGUUGUUACCAUUUUUAAUUAAAUCUGGAUUGGUGUAGGAAUUUAAAACAAGAAAAACAAAGUAAAUCCCCAAAUGCUUUUUCUCAUACUAAUGACCCUGCAGAAUAAAAUGUGAAUCUUUUUGCUGAAGAAAUAUAGUUCUGAAUACUUCUAGUAGCCUUUCAAAAUAAAGUAUGGUUUUGGAAAAUAAAA